ACGAACGGGCGGAGCGAGACAGCGAAUAUCUAAGUGUCCGCGUGAGAGGCAGAGAGUGAGAGAUCCUCCGCUCGCGCUUCUCGUCAGCGCUGAGUACUACAGGGUUUCCAAAACGCACGAGCGCUAAAGCUCAUUUCAUUCGCCGAAGAAACGGAAUUCAUCCAACGGGUGAGAGGACCGAGCUUGUGUCCGUCUACGCGUGAGAGUACCGAGCCAGUGCCAGAAUGAAGCCAGCAUCCUCUGAGCGCGUGCAGAGGGAGGGCAGCGAGGCUAGAAGUCUCUGCUGAAGAUACGCCGACAUCUGUCCAGCCUGUUUGUCACCCAGUAUCCAUUUCUACCGAAAAAACUAAAAACCAUCGUGUGACGAGGUUUGUCAGUAGUGGGAACUCUCCUUCGUGGGUGUGGAGUGGCGUGGACGUGCCGUUCCUGUUACGGUUCCAGUCAUUACGGGACCGGAGCGACAGGAUGCGCGCCAACUGAGGCGAUCUCUCUUGGCCGACAUUCUGUCUUCAAGACGAUAAAAGUAUCUGGACGGACUUCCACAAAUCACUCCAGCGGGACUUACACUUUAGGACAGCUUCUUCAGGACUGUCCUGGUGCACAGUCCGAGGAUGUUUGAGGCGCUCCUCCUCCUGCCCCUAACGGGACUGCUUACAGUGUCGGCUUUGGCUCAAAUUGAUAGCGCGUGUGGCAGAAACAUCACCAUCGAAAGCGCCGGAUAUGUGACCUCCCCCGGUUACCCAUCCUCCUACCCACUUUCUCAGCAGUGCGCGUGGCUCAUCCAGACGCCAGAUCCGCAGCAAAAAAUUCUCAUCAAUUUCAACCCGCACUUCGAUCUCGAGAACCGGGAGUGCAAGUACGACUUUGUGGAGGUGUUUGAUGGGAACAGUGAGGGGGCCCCUCUGGUUGGGAAGUUCUGUGGCAAAAUUGCUCCAUCUCCCGUCACCUCCUCAGGAAACGCACUGCUGGUCAAAUUUACCUCCGACUAUGAGACCAGUGGGGCUGGAUUCAGUAUCCGCUACGAAGUACACCGCCCAGGCACAGAAUGUUCUAGAAACUUCACAGCUCCAAGUGGAGUCAUCCAGACGCCAGGGUUCCCUGAAAGAUAUACGAACAAUCUAGAGUGCACCUUUAUCAUCUUCGCACCGAAGAUGGCUGAGAUUGUGCUGGAGUUUGAGAGCUUUGACAUGGAGAUGGAUAGCAACCCGCCCCCAGGAGCCGUGUGUCGAUUCGACUACCUGGAGAUCUGGGAUGGAUACCCCACAGUUGGACCUCAUAUUGGGAGGUACUGUGGUUCUCACAGUCCAGGUCGGGUCGUCUCCCACACGGGUGUCCUCUCCCUCUCCAUUCACACUGACAAUGCCAUCACCAAGGAGGGCUUCUCAGCCAAUUACAGUGUGCUGUCGAGCCCAGAGCCCGCCCAGGAACAACACAAUGAGUGCAUGUCUCCUCUGGGAAUGAGCUCAGGUGAGAUCAGUGAGGAGAGCAUUAAAGCUUCGUCCCAGUACAACCCCAGCUGGGCUCCCCAACGCUCACGCCUCAAUUACCCUGACAAUGGCUGGACCCCGUCAGAGGACAGCUCAAGGGAGUGGAUACAGGUGGAUCUGGGAUUCUUGCGUUAUGUCUUUGCUAUAGGAACACAAGGGGCCAUUUCGAAGGAGACAAAGAAACCUUAUUAUGUGAAGACCUACAAAGUCAUCAUCAGCACCAACGGGGAGGACUGGUCAAUACUGAAGGAUGGCAGCAAGCAUAAGGUGUUCGUGGGUAACUCUAACCCCAGCGAUGAGGUUCUAGCACAGUUCUCCAAGCCCGUGCUGACACGCUUCAUACGCAUACGACCUCUGACCUGGGAGACCGGGAUCUGCAUGCGCUUCGAACUGUAUGGCUGCAAGAUAUCAGACUUUCCCUGUUCCAGUAUGUUGGGGAUGGUGUCUGGUCAGAUUUCAGACUCCCAGAUCACUGCGUGGCCAGAGAUGGAGAGGGGGUGGUUACCCGAGCAGGCCAGGCUGUUGACAGGACGCUCCGGCUGGGUGUUGCCGGGCCCAUACAACCCUGGGAUCUCCUCAUGGCUGGGACUGGAUCUGGGCACCAGCCGCUGGGUCACGGGCCUCAUCAUCCAGGGAGGGAAAUACAGAGACAAGAAUGUAUUUGUGAGACGCUUCAGACUGGCGUACAGCAACAAUGGCUUGGACUGGACGUCCAUACCAGAGCAGCGCGGAGACAAGGCCAAGGUCUUUACAGGUAAUCUGAACUAUGACACUCCAGAGCUUCGCUCCUUCGAGCAGCUGAUGAUGCGUUUCCUGCGGGUGUAUCCUGUGGGCGGUUCCCACGAUGGCAUGGGCCUCAGACUAGAGCUGCUGGGCUGUGACCCACCACAGACCACCACUCCUCUUCCUCCUACCACUACCAUGGUAACCACACUGGAACACACCAGUACCUUGGCAACCACCCCAGCAACCAGUGGUUCUGAGAACAUGACAGAGGAGUGUGAUGAUGAAGCAGCAGUUUGUGGAACUCACAGUGGAACAGACACAACUGAAGACUAUGAAGUAACAGGUAUGCCAGUAUCAGAGCCAGUUCCGGAGGGCAAAGCAUUUGAUUUUAUUUGGUUUGAUUGUGAUUUUGGUUGGCCUGUCAUGCCUACCUUCUGUGGGUGGAGUCUGGAGAACAUCGGAAAAGCAGAUUGGUUCAUACAGAGCCCUCAAAAAGCCUCCAGUCACCAGCUGCCCAGUGUGGAUUAUAAAGGCGGAGCAGGAAACUUCAUCUAUAAUACACUUCCCACAGACACAGAGCCAAUGAAAGACAAAGAGUUUGAGACAGAAAAAAGCUCAGAUAUCGAGACAGGGACAGAGGUGCAGGAGGAGCAGGGGUCAGCAGGAGGGGGGCUGGCCCGCCUGGUUAGCGUUCCCGUGACUGCGCCAGACGAGGACCUGUGUGUGUCGUUCUGGUACCAGUUCACUGGAGAACACACAGGCACGUUACACGUCCGACAGAGGAGAAAGGCAGCAUGCGGGGCGGAGGACGAGGAGGUGAUACUAUGGAGGAAGGAAGGACAGCAGAGCUUCCAGUGGAGAGAGGGGCGGGUCCUCAUGCCCCGCGCUGGUGCCCCAUACCAGGUGAUUAUUGAAGGGGUGGUUGACGCAGCCUCAUUGGGGCAUGUCUGUGUGGACAACAUCAGAAUUGCUACCAGUGUGAGUCCAGCUGAGUGUAAGGAUCCUGAAGUUGACGUGACCAAUAAAGAUACACAAGAAAUUGACUGUGAGGAGCCUCUGUGCACGUUUACUGGCAGAGGUUUUGUGCUGAAUACGCUGGAUCCCAUCCUGAUCACCAUCAUCGUGAUGAGCGCGGUUGGAGUUCUGCUGGGGACUGUGUGCGGGGUGGUGCUCUACUGCGCCUGCUCACAGAGCACCGACCGAAACCUUUCUGCCCUCGAGAACUACAACUUUGAGCUGGUCGAUGGUCUCAAACUGAAGAAGGAGAAGGAGAAGACUGCCACACAGAGGUAUCCGGAAGCGUGAGGCCUGAACAGGCUUGGGGGAACAUUGGGGGAACAUUGAGGAACAUUAGAGGAACAUCGGUGAACAUUGGUUGACGUUGGAGGAACAUUGGGGAACGUUGGAGGAAUACUGGAGGAACAUUGGGGGAAUGCUGGAGGAACAUUGGACAAGGGCUCAUGCCAGAGUGAAAGAGUAUUUCACUAAAACAGUGGCUGCUGUCUGGAAGCUUGAGACUGAGCCUGCGAUUUUCUCCCGGUCUGCAGUGACAGACCACCAGAGGGCGCUGUGUGUAAAGAAAGACAUGUACAGUCAGUGGUGAUUGUGACUAUGUUUGUCCUUUUUUUGGUGUUGUUUUUUACACAAGGAUGCUGGUAAUGCGACCAAUCAGGAUGAAGUAUUUAUCUCCUCUACAUGUCAGGACUUCUUCUGUGGAGCCUUUUUAAACAAUAAAAGCAACAUGUAGAGAGAAACAUUGACACAUUUGUAGUCUAGAACUGGACUUUUACUAUUUUUGUGCUUUUUGUGUGUGUGUGUGUCCUUGUUUGUUUGUUUGCAUUCCAGUAGUGCCUUUUUACAUGUUUCUGUUGCCUUUUCACACCUGGUCUCACCUCAGCACUCUCUAAGCAGGACUGCACCCUACAGGUUAAACAAAGAUAAAACAGGAGCGUUUUCAUUUUGUUUUCAGUCUAAAACAGCUCUGUACACACGGCCUAAAGGAAAACCCAUAUGACUGAACCAAAACGCAGAGCAGGUCCAGAACCAAAACCCAUAGCUCAUCCAGAACCAAAACCCAGAGCUGGUCUAGAACCAAAACCCAGAAAAUGUCCAGAACCAAAACCCGGAGCCGAUCCAGAACCAAAAUCCAGAGCAGAUCGAGAACCAUGUCCAUAAUUACAUGUAUUUGUUUAGCUUGUUCUCAAAUGUAUGGAAGUUUUGGACCCACAUUACUGCCGCUGCAGUUUGGAUUGUUUAUAUUGCAAAUUUUAGGCAAUAGACAAUAUUGAGGAAAAUCUUCAAACUAUUUGGAAAACAAAGAACACUACUGCAUAUUUCAAAGUUUGUUAAAGAUUGUUUUGAUUGUGUUUGAGUGUUUAAACAGUGGGAAUUAUUCCUUCCACAGAGUAAGACCGAGCAGGACUGUACAGAACCCAGCAGUGGUCUGGACCUGCCUAGUGCUCUGUGUUGUUCAGUGUCAUGUCCACAGACGCGUCUUCUCUGCUCACUGCAGUUACCAGCUUUUAGUAGCUAAUACAAGCAGAACACUAGCAAUCAAGCUAAUGGCUAAAUAAUGAUUUUAUACUAUUUUUAAAAAUACAUUCAGAUUUCAGUCGAGUCAUUUUCACUUUGUCCUUUAACAUUAAUACUGAUCUGAUGCCGAUACUGUGAUUUUAAAUCUCUAUUACAGAUAAAAACACAUUUCUACACCAAGGACAAUUAGCAGACAGGCAGCGCAGCAACGUGACAUACAGACAGUUCCUCAGAGUGACAUCUCCGCACAAACACAAAUGUCAUUUUACAGUGACACAGUUGUUUGGUUCACUUUUGUGAUUCCAGAGCAUUUCCACCAUUUUCAGAUUCUUUAGUUGAUUAGAAAAGUGUAUUAUUUACUUCUGAUGUGGAAGCAUCAGAAGUGAAUAAUACACUUUUCUAAUCAACUAAAUAAUCUGGGUAAAAAAGGUUGUAGUUUCAGUACUUGUACUGAUUAGGGCUUCAGUACUUGUAUUGAUUAGGGCUUCAGUAUUUGUACUGAUUAUGGUUUCAGUAUUUGUACUGAUUAUGGUUUCGGUAUUUGUACUGAUUAUGUUUUUGGUAUUUGUACUGAUUCGGUUUUUAGUAUUUGGCAGAUGUUCUAGACACUCAAGUUACAUUUAUCAAUACCAGGUCUACCAGGAAUGUGGGUUAGAAUCUGGAACCUGGGUCUUCAAAUAGGAUUUGAGCCACAGUUUGUAGGGAAACACAAUCAUUACAGAGAGAAAAAUACUAUCAUCGCACUGAGAAAUGUAUUUAUAUGAGAAUUUGUUUAUUCACUAAAUCCUGGAUUUUAAAAAUCAGUGUUAUAGAUUCUUAUCUAAAAUUGACUGCCAAAAUACUGUUGUUUUGUCAGCAAAACACUGUUUUGUAACCAAAAAGCCAAAAUUAGUGAUUGUGUGAUUUUCAUAAACCCUCUGUAUCAUUUGUUCAGCUUUAGCUGCUUAUAAACUUGUCCUCUGCCUAA